AGGCUCCCCGCGACUCCGACGCUUCUUGUACUAUAAAUUGGCCGCUCGUCGCUCGGCCGGCACCCCUGCUUUUUUUUUCUCAGGAGCCAGCAGUCGGUGCGGAUCUGAUCCAUCUCUAUCACCAUGUGCGACGACGAGGAGACCACCGCUUUGGUCUGCGACAACGGCUCGGGGCUGGUCAAGGCUGGCUUCGCAGGAGACGAUGCCCCCCGCGCUGUCUUCCCAUCCAUUGUCGGUCGCCCCCGCCACCAGGGCGUCAUGGUCGGCAUGGGACAGAAGGAUUCCUACGUAGGCGAUGAGGCUCAGAGCAAGAGGGGCAUCCUGACCCUCAAGUACCCCAUUGAACACGGCAUCAUCACCAACUGGGACGAUAUGGAGAAAAUCUGGCACCACACCUUCUACAACGAGCUCCGCGUGGCCCCUGAGGAACACCCCACCCUGCUCACAGAGGCCCCUCUGAACCCCAAAGCUAACCGUGAGAAGAUGACCCAGAUCAUGUUCGAGACCUUCAACGUGCCAGCCAUGUAUGUGGCCAUCCAGGCUGUGCUGUCCCUCUACGCCUCCGGCCGUACCACAGGUAUCGUUCUGGACUCCGGUGACGGUGUGACCCACAACGUGCCCAUCUAUGAAGGUUACGCUCUCCCUCACGCCAUCAUGCGCCUGGACCUGGCUGGUAGGGAUCUUACCGACUACCUCAUGAAGAUCCUGACUGAGCGCGGCUACUCCUUCGUGACAACAGCUGAACGCGAAAUCGUCAGAGACAUCAAGGAGAAGCUCUGCUACGUCGCUCUCGACUUUGAGAAUGAAAUGGCCACCGCCGCCUCCUCCUCUUCACUGGAGAAGAGCUACGAGCUGCCCGAUGGCCAGGUCAUCACAAUCGGAAAUGAACGCUUCCGCUGCCCAGAGACCCUCUUCCAGCCUUCCUUCAUCGGUAUGGAGUCAGCGGGCAUCCACGAAACUACCUACAACAGCAUCAUGAAGUGCGACAUCGACAUCCGUAAGGACCUGUAUGCCAACAACGUGCUGUCCGGAGGUACCACCAUGUACCCUGGUAUUGCUGACCGUAUGCAGAAGGAAAUCACCGCCCUGGCACCCAGCACCAUGAAAAUCAAGAUCAUCGCCCCACCUGAGCGUAAAUACUCCGUCUGGAUUGGUGGCUCCAUUCUGGCCUCCCUGUCCACCUUCCAGCAGAUGUGGAUCAGCAAGCAGGAGUACGAUGAGGCUGGCCCAUCCAUUGUCCACCGCAAAUGUUUCUAAGCUCUCUGAUCCUAAUUUACCUCUGACUGUGGCUGUCGAGAUUGUGGCUCAUGGACUCUGCAGGCGGCCCUUCCUGACCUUCCAUGCAGUUUGUUUACACUCAUGUGCAAUUUCUUUAUGGAUAUUUAUUCGUUUAUAAAUAAACAAGACCCGGGACUUGCAACCUA